AUGGUUUUUGUCUAUACUGUGCUUUUCUUCAUAUUCACAACGAUUUUAAAGACAAUUCUUUCAAAAGAUCUAGCAUACAAGUGCUAUGAGCUGGAUUGGUUUCCAAAACUUUGGUUUGUGAUCUACCAAGACUACUCCUGUUGUGUAAUUUUACUUACAUUUAUUGGCUUUGAUGUUAUGGUUCAAACGCUGCUAAUUUUGCUUAAACUACAAUUUAUGAUGUUGAAUAAGAAGUUGAGAGAUGUUUUCACAUUUGAAGAUACUCAAAAAGCAAAUAAGAUUGACGUGUAUACGCGGCUUAUAGAGUGUGUGAAACAUCAAAAUUUUUUGAUUGACUUUAUAGAACGUUUCAAGACAACCUUUUCAUUAACAUUUUUGUUAUAUAUUGGAAAUAUAAUUGUAUCUAUGUGCUUGAGUGUAUAUCUUGUAUUAUCUGGCAAUGCAAAUCUGAAUUUACAAAUUGAAGCAAUAGUUCACACAAUGUCUGGUUUAAACGAAAUAUUCCUCUGUUAUUCGAUACCUGCCCAACUCCUAAUGGAUGAGGCUGCUAAGGUAACUAAGAGUAUUUAUCUAAGUAACUGGUAUGAAUAUCCCAAAUAUGCUAAAGAUGUUUUGCCAAUAAUGAUUCGAAAUCAGAAGCCGUUAACAAUCACAGCAGGUGGAUUUGUUAUGAUUGAUCUCAAAAUGUUUAUGGCGGCUUGUAAAACAAUUGUUUCCUACAGUAUGUACUUAAAUACAAUGACACAGAUACAACAGAAAUAA